AUGGAAGUCGACAUCGCGCCCCAAUUCGGCGCGGAAUUGAAGGAUGGCUUCAAGUCUGUCAACGCCUGGGUCUCCGGCGGCAUAUCCUGGCUCGACGACAUACAACAGUUCUACCGUGAACGCAGCGCAAUCGAGAAGGAAUACUCGGCAAAGCUCAGUGCAUUAGCCAAGAAGUACUACGAAAAGAAAGCACGCAAGCAGAGCAGUCUCAGUGUCGGUGAUACCCCUACGGUUACCCCAGGCUCGCUCGAGAGGUACGACUGUCUUCCUCUUCACUCGCCCAACAACAAACUGACGCUGGCUGAAUUCGCUGGCGCUCUUGUCACGCAGCUCGCCGAUCCCCUGAAGACCCUCGCGACUCGGUACGAAGAGCUGCGGAAACUACAUGGCGACUAUGCUGCUAAGCUAGAGAAGGAGCGGGACAGCCAAUACACCGAGCUUCGCAAGCAAAAGGGGAAAUAUGACAGCGUUUGCCAGGAGGUAGAAAACCGCCGCAAGAAAAGCGACGGCGCAUUCGACCACGGCAAAGCCAAGGCACGAAAUGCUUUCGAGCAGCAGCAAAUCGAGAUGCGCAACGUGAAAAACACCUACCUCAUAAGCAUCAAUGUCACAAAUAAGCAGAAGGAGAUGUACUACCAUGACACCGAGUACCUCAAGCACCUCUCCGCCGAGAUUCCACGAAACAACCCUCUUCUCGACUCAAUGAUGUUCGUGCGACACAACGCAGGUGGAUGGCAAGAACCUGGCGACUUCCAGUUCGAGCCCAGUCCGGUCUGGCUUGACGAUGGUAAUCUCGCCGUUGACGACGCUGCCACAACCUUCCUGCGAAAUGUGCUCACGAAGACGAAGGCUUCUCUGGGAGAGCACCGACGCGAACUCGACAAGAAGCGUAAAGAGGUUGAAAGUGCUAAGGCUGUGCGGCGCAACAUUCGCGAAGGGAAAGAUAAGAGAGACGAAGUAGAUGUCGUACGCGCCGUCUUCGCCAUCCAAGAGGCCAUGCAUGAGAUAGAGCGGCAAAAGGUCAGCGCUGAAGUUGAGGUCUCGACCAUCACAUCAGUCGUGGGCGAUGUCAGUAUUGGCGCAAGAAAUCACAACUUCAAGUCGCAGACUUUCAAGAUACCCACGAAUUGCGAUCUCUGUGGCGACCGGAUAUGGGGCCUAUCUGCCAAAGGAUUCGAUUGCAAAGACUGUGGUUAUACGUGUCACAGCAAGUGCGAGAUGAAGGUUCCAGCCGACUGUCCAGGCGAACAGACCAAGGAAGAGAAGAAGAAACUAAAGGACGAACGACAAAAGGCGGCGCAUACUGUGACCUCGACGAAUGGAGCUGCAACCGGUUCACAUGCCGAAUUGCCGAAACUAGGCCGAAGUGACACCAUAAACUCCAUGAACACACUCAGCUCUGGCUACUCAGCUACAGCACAUAGAUCCGUAUCCGGUAUGUCACCAGCCGCCGCAGAGGAUCCGCCAGCAGAAAAGAAGGCUCCUGCCCCAGCGCCAGUACCGGGCGCGAGAAGGAAUCGGAUGAUUGCUCCUCCUCCUGCCCAGUAUAUCAAAGAUGAUGACGAUAUGCCACCGCCUACACCAAAGUCGAAUGAAGUCAAGGGUCGGAUGUUGUACGGCUAUGAGGAGAAUGGAGAAGGCGAGCUGACAGUGCCUGAAGGCAGGGAGGUCACGAUACUAGAACCCGAUGGUAGGUCCUUGAGCAACCUGUCUCCUAUGUUUCAAAUUCUUUUGGGCGCUUCGCUCACACGUGACUACACAGACGGCUCAGGGUGGAUGAAAGUCCGCUCCGGGUCCAAAGAGGGUCUUGUCCCUACUUCGUAUGUGGAGGUUCUGGCAGCAACGCCGCCGACCACCGCAUCUACAUUCUCGUCAAGCACUCGUCCUGAUUCGACUUACUCUGCGUCUUCGGCAUCGACUACAAAUCUGCAUGCUGCUGUCGCUGGUAAGAAGAAGGGUCCAGCUGUAGCGCCGAAACGUGGCGCAAAGAAACUAAAGUAUGUCGAGGCAUUGUAUGACUAUACAGCACAGAGUGAUGCGGAACACUCCAUGGCGGAAGGAGACCGCUUUGUACUUAUCAACAUGGAGGCGGGAGACGGAUGGGCUGACGUGGAGCGAGACGGCGUCGUCAGAAGUGUACCAGCCAACUACGUGCAGCAGGUGUAG